AUGCUGAGAAGGGGCCUCUUCGCAGGUGCAAUCCUCAUCGCCAUCCUCGGCCUCUGGGCCGCGAACCGUCCCUCAACACCGUUACCACCUCUAAAAUUUGGCCGCAAAAACGUCGUCCUCUUUGUAACUUCAGCCCACGAUGGCUUUUCCAACGUCCACCUAGCCACAAGCCACACCCUCUUGGAAAAGUAUCCAGACCUGGAAGUCCACUAUGCCUCGUUUCCCGAUCUCAAGCGCAAGGUCGACCGUGUUUCGGCUGAGCAUACCAAGUCAAAGCCUGUUAUUUGGCAUGAGCUACCUCCUCCGGGUAUCGUGGCUGCGUAUCUGCGUGACUUUGGAAGCGUCGCUGGUCUCAUGAAUGUGCCUGGGCUCAAGGGCAUGAAACGGGCUGUCAAGGACAUACAGACCGUCGCUGCCCCCUGGAAUGCCGAAGAACAUUGGAUCCUAUACAAAACCAUCUUCGAUAUAAUCAAGGAGGUUGACCCUGCCGUGGUCGUCCUCGAUAUCCUCUUCAAGCCGGCAAUUGAAGCAACUCAGGACCUCAACUACAAACACAUAUUCGUAACGCCCAACUCCUUCGUCGACACGUGCGUGCACAAAGAACCAUGGGCAGCCAUGCUCUGGAAGUUUCCCUCCACGGGAUCUGGCUACCCAUUCCCCCUCCCCUGGCAUCUCAUCCCAGCAAACAUCUUCUUCGAGAUCCGCAUCGACUACGCCAUCAUAUUCGGUCCCAGAGUUCGAAGCAUGGUGCCGUACCUCAAAGGAAAGGGCAUCAAGAACCCAAUCGACUCUCUCGCCUGGGACAGGCCAGACGUUCCUCUGCUGUCAGGCACCAUCCCCGAGGCAAGCCUCCCUCUGCACGCGGUCCCUGAAAACGCCAAAUACUGCGGUCCCAUCGCCCUCGAGACUGCACCCCUCAAAGAGCAAGAUGCGGAGAUGGCCGAGUGGCUGUCUAAGGCGCCGACGAUACUCGUCAACCUCGGCAGUGGCGUGCAAUUCGACGAGACUCAGGCGCGCUCAAUGGCGCAGGCAUUCGUGCCUGUUCUCGAAAAGACGGACGCGCAGAUUCUCUGGAAGAUGAACAAGCACGGCGAAUACGACGAUUCAUUCCUCCAGCCCGUGAAGCAACACUUCGACAGUCGACGGCUCCGCAUUGAGUCCUGGAUCAAGGCUGAUCCAACGUCAUUGCUUGCGACAGGUAACGUCAAAUUGGCCGUCCACCACGGCGGCGCAAACUGCUACAACGAAGCCAUCCUUUGCGGAGUCCCCCAAGUCGUCCUCCCCGUCUGGUUCGACACGUACACCUACGCGGCGACAGCCGAGUAUCGGGGCGUGGGCAUCUGGCCAACCAAAGACACAGCCCCAGCCUGGGAAGCCGAAUCACUGGGUAAAGCGUUUCUCGACGCUCUCUCCGACGAAACCAUGAAGGAAAAAGCCGAGAAGCUCGGUGAGAUUGCGCGACAGUACGAAGGUCGUUAUUUGGCAGCCAGAGAUAUUGCAGAGAUGGCAGCCAAAGGCCAUGACUAG